AUCGAAAAACAUCAGUGACACCCAUCACUUAAGUCCAUCACCACAGUAUCGUGCGAUUUCUGGAUGAUUUUCAAUCCAAAAAUUAGCAAACUUUCCAUUGCUGAUUUUGAAUUUGAUUCGUGAAAUCUAGUCACAUCGCCCAUAAGCUUCACAAUGUCCACCAAAGUGGCCAACAAAAAGUUCAAAUGGCAGCUGGACUUUACUCCCAGGUCCCGCGGCAGCGGUGAUAUCGCAUCGCCACCGGGAUUCAACCCAUCGGCCGGGCAGACCCACAGCGAAGUGGCCCGGGAUAACGACCAAAGCCACUUGAUCCUGAAAAAGUCCUGGGACAUUGCGCUGGGACCGAUCAAGCAGUUCCCGAUGAACCUGCUGAUAAUGUACAUGUCCGGCAAUUCGAUCAGUAUCUUUCCCAUCAUGAUGGUGGUGAUGAUGUUCAUCCGGCCGAUCAAGGCGGUGCUCUCGACGGGGGCCACCUUCAAGGUGAUCGAAGGGAUCCAGGCCACCGGGCAGAAGUUCGUGUACUUCUUGGGCAAUUUGGUGAACAUUGGGCUGGCGUUGUACAAGUGUCACAGUAUGGGCCUGCUGCCGACCCACGCCUCAGAUUGGUUGGCCUUUGCGGAUCCGCAAGCCCGGCUCGAGUACUCCGGAGGUGGUAUGUCGCUGCUGUAGGAUGGCGGAGUUCUCAAGUUGGAGUCUUUUCAAGGUAAUAAUUUAUAUUUCGUCUCAAUAAAAAGUUUACGCGAAGAACUUUAUCCAAAGGAA